AUGAAGUUAGUUGCACCAUUAUUGUUCGCUGCAGCUGUCCUUGCAGAUAUAGCCCCAGCAAGAGACCAGUUUUACCCUCUCGACAGAAAGGGUGAGAUCCCCCAGAUUCAGCCUUACACUUAUGGCCAGGAUGUCUUCAUUGAUUGCAUAACCCGAAACAUUGAUAACGGUGAACACAAGUUCGACUCGAAUGACAGAAUUAUUUAUGGUGCCUUCCCCGUGUGCAAGGAGACUGGUCAGCCCUUGUCUUUCCAUUACGGUGUUUCCGAGGAUUUCAACUGCACCAUCACCUUCACAGAUGAGCUCUAUCACUUGUUUCAAUUGUAUAUCCACGAAGAUGUUCCCUUCGGUUGCAGAAUACCACUCAGCACAGAGGCUAAUUCAUUGGAAAAGGGCGGAGCCUCCAUUCCUUUAACUUUUAACUUCAGAGGAGAGAUCCACGAUGCUCAUCUUGACAUUGACAAUCAUAUGAACCUCCUUAUUGUGAAGCCUCCAACCAACGCUCCUGAGAAGCAGACGGUUAUUUCUGCGGUUGCAUGGUCAUCAGGCACUAAUGCGACGCGAGUAGUCAUUGGCGAUGAGUUGACCUUACAAAUGGGCGUACGUUGGAUCGAUAACAUCAAGCCUUCUGGUGGUCAAGCAAAAGGUUCUGCUGCUUUGCCAUUCGAUGAUGGCUUCUACAGAUUCCCCAUAAGCACGGUUCCUAUUUCCAUGAAGAUAUUGAUUUUCCUCCUUCUGGUUGUGGCUCUUGUUUCGUUCAGUAUUUCUUACGCUGGUACUUCCAUGAAGUACAAAAAGCGUGGUUACAGAUCGCUUGAUACCGAAGCCGGUAUUGCUAAGCAAGACUAG